AUGGAGCUCGGAUUCCGCUCGACUUCGUCGGAAGAGAUUGACGACGAUUCUGAGAGGACAGUUGAACGGGCUGUUGCUGAGCCCGAGUCAGGGAAUGAUGGUGCUGAGCGUGCAGAUGAACGGGCGAAUGAAACGGAUGAGACCCCGACAGCUAAACCAACGGCUGGAGGCGGCACUGAAGCAAUGACACCUCCAGGAGUGGAAGCGGCUAUGCUGCGGGAAGGUGGCGAGGGAGAAAGAAAUGAGUUUGACUCAGAGCACGGCGACUUUGAGAAGGAUUUGCAGGCUCUAAACGUCGCGGAGGAGGAUGGGGAGAACAAUCAGGGGCGUGAUCAAGAAGGGAUGAACGAUAAGAUGGGUGGUGAGGAGAAUUUUGGGAACGUCGCCACGACUGGGGAAAAGCAACGUAGCACGAAGGCGUCAUCCUCGCCUGAGAAAGCAUCACCCGCGCGUGGCCACGUAGAGAGCGGCGUGCGGCGCGCGCAAGAGCACCACGUGGUGACGCGGAGCAGCAACAGCCCUCUCACUCCUGCCGGGGCGCAAACGCCGCAAACGGCGGAAGUCAAAUCCGUGCAGACGCCUGCCACGCAGCCGCCGCAGCAGACGCAGUCCGGGCUGACGACCGUUCCUGGAGUGCCGAUUCAGCCCCCCCUUCCGUUACAUGCUCCGGACGGAGCGCUGGUGUCGCUCGUCCCCGCCGCUUCCGAGGACGGCCAGCUCCAGUGGAUCCAGCCGCCGCAUUUCUUGGCGGCGCCGCAAUUUAUGGGCGGAGCGCAAUUCAUGGGCGGAGCGCAAUUUAUGGGCGGGGCGCAACUUGUCGGCGGGGCGCAAAUUGUGGGCGCAUCUGGACACGGCGGAGGGAUGAUGCCCGCAGGGCCGGUUUCGUUCUUCCGCGCGUCAUCCUUCGCUGCGCCUGUGUCCGCGGCAACGGGUAUUGAGGGAAGCUUUAUGGGAACCGAUGGAGUCAACGGAGUCAACGCCACCGUGCGCGGCGUUUCCGGGGAUCUGUUCGGCGGGAACGCGGGCGACGAGAUGAUAGAAGGCUCGUGGGACGAUCUUAUCAUCUGCACUCCCACCGGCGGGUUUCCCGGCGGGUUUCACGGGCAGAUGGGAUGGGGAGGCGAGCGAACGAGCCGAGGAGGCCGCCGCACGCAGCUAUGGGAGGGCGACCCGCAGCUGGUCUACCGGCUGCAACAGAGUUACCACACAGACGACUCCGCCGCCGCCGAGGUGAAACCCGACUUUUCAACGAUUGCCAUCCCCGGCGCCGAAAACGCUGCAAUUAGAAGCGAAUCGAUGAGAGGCGACGGAGACGAGGAGGGGGGAUUGCCCGCGGAAGCUCGAGGCAAUCCGGAGACCGCCACGCCCCCAGCAAUCAUGGGACCAGAGUCCCAGGAUGCCGUACAGUCGACGGCGACAAUGGAGAGUUAUCGAGAAACUAUCGCGAGCGGUCAGUUGCCGCUGCACGUGAAAGUGGAGUUUCCGACGCCGUCGCCUAGAGGCGGACUAGCUUCCUCGUCGCCCAGCAAUCGCGGCGGGCUGGGGUUCUCGUACCACUCGCCGAUCCCGCUGUGCUCGCCGUCGCCGCUGCGACUGUGUGCGAUGGAGCUGGGCGACAUGGCGGAGCCGAAUUUGUGGCUAUCGCCGCCCGCGAGCACCAAGUACACGCUCGACAAGCUCGGCGACUUCCCGCCCUUCUCGCCGCGGCUUCCGGCGAUCGUGCGCGGCUACAGCGCAGGCAAGCAAUUCAUUCGACUCAUACGUCGUUUCGUGUGUCUGUUGGUUGGGUCGUGUGUGGCAGCAGCAGCCCUACCGUACCUGGAUCCCGGCGCGCACCAGCAGCCUUCCAGGAUGUCGCCUUCCAAGGGAGAGCCCCCCGGAUCCGUCCCCCCAGAAUCCGCCCCGCCGCAAGCGCCUGGCGGACCAACCGCCGACAGCGCAGAAAAUCCGGCAGUUUCCGCUUCCGCCAUGGUUUCCGCCGCUCCCCAGUCCGGUUCACCGCGGGCAGCCAGGCGGGGAACGGCGGAGGAGGAGGGAGACGCUGCGCGGGAAAAUGGUCAGGCUGCGCGGAGGGAGGACGAGGCGAUUGAUUUAGCGGGCGCGAGGCGGGAGAGUGGGGCGGCGGGAUCGGCGCGAUUGGUUAAUAGCGGUUCGCCGGGUAGCGGAGUGAGAUACGGCGGGAUGCGCGGGCGGUCGCUGCUGCAGCAGUGCCUCAUUAUGGGCGCGGAGCAGCGCGCCAUUCGCGCCGUCUCCGCCGCUGGCGCCGGUGGUACCGCUGCUGCGGGUGCUGGCGGUAACGCUGCUGCUGUUGUUGGCAGCAGAUAUGAUGCUGGUGCCGGCGGUAACGCUGACCCCGAUGUUGAAGGGGAAGAGAAGAAUGAGCAGGCGGAAAAUGCUGAGAAGAACGACAAGAACGAGGACGAGAGGGGCGAGAGGUCUGGUGGUGAUGCAGACGACCGUGCGGCGGGUUCGGGUCCGUCAGUGUUGAGAUGGAGAGCGGUGGGGUGCGAUGGCCGUCGGCUUGUCGACCGGCGUGACGUGCGGUCAGAGCAGGAGAGGGCGGCUCUUGGUGCUGCAGACUCGAAUGCCCCGCACGGCUCUGCUCCACCGCUUUCACCUCCGCAGGAGGCGCCUGGAGAAUUUGUCAGUGCAGCUGGUGCUGGGGUUCGUGCCAGCAGCGAGAGGGAGAUGAAUGGUGGUGGUACAGAUUUUCCCAGCACGGAAAUGCGUGGGCACGAGUCUCAGCAGCACGUUGGUGGGGCGUCGGGCGAGGUGUUCCCUCGCGAAAGCGAUUUUGCGAAUCGUGGCGACCGUUUGUCGCGAGCUGAUGUUACCACGGGAGGGAGGUCGUUCGUGGUUGGCUCGUUAGGCUCAACACUUACGGAACGCGUGAGUGUACUGGAACUCGAGAACAAACAAACAACGCGUGCGGACAAUAGCGAGGAUGGCGCAACCCAAAUUGCGAAUUCUGACGUACCCAACUCCAGCGGCAACAGCCGUUCGUCGUCGAAUCUCGACAGUGGAGGCGCGGAGUCGAACGACGAAGGAACCGGUGAGGACGGAUCGGGAGUGGUGGAGAAGGAGGAGGGCGCGCGAGAAGAGGACGGGGGAGAAAGCAGGCUAUCAGGAAGAGUUGCGGCGGCGAGCAGCGCUAAAGACGGCGAGGAUCGGCAUGAUACGAACCCGGGUGAUAAGGGUGACAAGGGUAAUGGGGGCGAUGGGGGCGAUGGUGACAAUACACGAGCUUCGCAGACUGAACGAGCGGGGCUAACGGUAGAAGAAGGUGAGGCGUUGAAAUCCCCCGCGCACGCGCAGCAGCCGUCAUUUUUACCGGCGGGCGCGGAACGUAGGCGCGCGGAGCGUACGGGCACGGAAAGGGAGGGCGCAGAAGGUAGAUACGCGGAAAGCAGCCCAGAGAAGGGCUCCGCUGGCUUGGUGCGGCCGCAGCCGCGUAGGGCGCGGAGCGGCGAUGCAAUCUCUCCGUCCUUCUCGAUUCCCGCUUCCCCGCUUUUCGAAUCGCCCCGCUCGGCGGCUUUUGAGCGGAAUGCGCCCCGGUCCGCAGGCGAAGAGCGCGCGUCGGCGCAGGCGCCCCUGCUGCAGCCUGCAGCGAAUGUGCGUCAAGUGCAGGCUGCGGCACAGUCACAUUCGGGGAAGCACCAAGAGCAUGGUGAAGCGGGGGGGCCGGUUUUCGAGUCGACUUCACAAUUGAGUGGCGGGAGUGAGGCGGGUGGGAGAGGUGCGCGUGAGGAGGGCGUGACGUCAGACGAACCAGGGGCGAAGCGCACCAAGUCUCAGCAGUCUGGGGGAAUUGGAGUGAAUGCAGGAGGCGGAGGCGGGGGAAGAGGUGGGGCUGAUUCGGGGAACAGACGUGGUACGAGCGGGACUGCAACAGCGGGUGGGAGUGGGUCCAUUGUUCCUUGGCAUCCCGGCAGCUCACCUGCAGCUGUUAAUGGGCCUGCUUGUAUGGGGUUUCCAGUGUACUCGCCCCAAAUGCCCCCCAUUGGCAGCUUCUUUGUAAUGAGCCCUCUCACACAGCAGCAUAUUAGUCCCAUGCAGCAGCAUCAGCAGCCGCAGCAGAUUCAGUUCUCCCUGCCGCAGCAGCAUCAGAUCUACCCAAUGGCUCCUCAGCAAUACUACGCUCUCCCGCCCCAGCAGCAGCAGUACAUACGCCCCCCGCCGCAUGCGCAAUCCCCGCCUACGCGCCUGCCCCCACCAAGGCCCCUCCCCAUGGUCGUGCCUUCUCCCCUUGGCCACACCUCCCAGCGGCUCUCAGGCUCUCGUGGGGUGCACGGGCAGCGCGGGCAACAUGGCAUGGGUACAGGGGGUCCUGUUGUUACCGUCGCACCAGGAGCGUACUCCCAGCCUGCUGCUGGUGAUGCUGCGGCUGCCAGUGGUGCUACCGGUGGCGCUGGUGCUGGUGCAAGUGGUGCUUCCUCAGGUGGUGCCUCUGAAGGCCGGGAACGGGGAGGAGAAGGGGGAGGGCGAGAAACAGGAGGCGAGGGAGAGCGAAGGGAGGGAGGGCGAGGGGGGGAAGGGCGAGCGGGCAAGGUGUCACGAGGAGCACGAACCCCGUCCCCUCAAACCUCUGCAAGCGCAUCUCUGCGUCCUUCCCCCUUGCAGCCCCCCCCUCCCCCUGUCUACUCCCCUGCUGUCGCCUCCUGGGUGCCCUUCGCCCUGCCCCCUGCUGCCUCUGCUGCCCCGGAGGUGGGUAAACUACCUGUUUACCCUGUGAAGCCUGGGGUACACAAGGCGCGUGUUGGGAUGUGGAAUGUUUUACCGGAUGGGCAUUCGUCACGCGAGCAGCAGCAAGCAGAGGGACAGCAGCGGCAGCAGCAGCAGCAGCAGCAGCAGCAUCAGCAGCAUCAUCACCAGCAGCAGCAGCAGCAGCCGCCACAGGCGCAGGUUUUUCAGCAGCAGGCGGUGCUGGUGCCAAGGCCAACGGCAGUGCUGGGAAGUCAACCACAGAUGCGAAUGGCACCGAUGGUCGCACCUGCACCACCACCGGCAGUAGCACCACCACAAGCAGCCACAGGAGCAGCUGCGGGAGCAGCAGCAGCAUCCCGGCCAGUGUCUCUGGCGCUGUCUCUGCAAAGCACCAGCAGGAGCGGUGGUGGUACGACUCUUCAGUCCCUUGGGCCUCAACCAGUACCCAGGCUCGGCACUGCUGGGGGUCAAUGGGCUCCCAGAUACUCCCAGCCGACCGUUGCUUCUGGGGUGACUUCCCCCAGUGGAUUUGCUUUGGGCGUGCAAGUAACGCCCCCUGGUGCGGUGCAGAGUGGUGCCGGAGGUGUUGUGCAGGAUGGUGGUGUGGUGCAGAGUGGUGGAGGGGGUGUGGUGCAGAGUGGUGCGGCAGGUGUGCAGGCGGGCAGGAAGGAGGGAAGUCUGCGGCACCUGAAGAGGAAGAGGGCGUUGAAAGAGGUGGAGGUGGAAAGUGGGAGAGGGUCGGCUCUGAGGGCUUGUAGCAGCGAAGGGGAGUCGGGCGGUGGGGCUGCUUAUCAGCAGCAUUCGGGUGCUUCUCAGCAGAAUGUGGGUGCUUAUCAGCAGAAUCCGGCUGCAUAUCAGCAAAAUCAGGCUGCUUAUCAGCAAAAUCAGGGUGCUUUUCAGCAGCAAGUUCUUCCUGCUUAUCAGCCUAUCCUGCCGGCUUAUCAAAACCAGCUGCCAGCUUAUCAGCAGCAGACUCCUUAUCAUCAAAAUCCAGCUGUUUUUCAGCAAAUUCCGACUGCUUAUCAGGGCCAACAGGCGGUUGGAGGGAUGGAGGCAGGUGGCAUUCCCUCUGACGUCAUGGAGGGGAGAGAGCAAGAAGAUGACGUCAUGAACAUGAACAUUGAGUUAGAAGGAUUGGGAGAUGAGGGCAUGUGCGGCCUGGGGGAAGGGGGGAUAUGCGGCAUGGGGGAUGGGGGAGGAGAGGGGGGAGAGCGGGGGGUGGGGGGAGGGGAGGAGGUGAAAGAAGCAGUGAGCGUGGCAGCAGCAGGGGUGGUGGGAGGAGCGGAAGGGGAGAGAGAUCCCCCUGUGAAGUCGAGGUUCAGGGGCGUGAGUCAUCACAGGCUGACCAAGCGGUGGGAGGCGUCGCUAUGGACCAACAAGAAGCAACUCUACCUGGGUGGAUACGACGCUGAAGAGAAAGCAGCACGGGCGUAUGACAUAGCAGCCCUGGCGUGCAAGGGAGCAGAGGCAAUCACCAACUUCCCAAGGGAGAGCUAUGCGGACAGCAUUGGGGAGUAUCUUGGGAUCUCCUGCGAGGCGCUCAUCGCGAAACUAAGAAGGGAGAGCUCGGCCUUCUCCCGUGGUCGCUCCAAAUUCCGCGGGGUGUCAGGGCAGGAGGGGCGGUGGGAGGCGCGCAUCGGGUCGUAUUUCGGGCGGCGAAACGUGUCUUUAGGCGUGUAUGAGACGGAGGAGGCGGCAGCAGAGCACUCCUGCCCGGUAUUUGCUGCUAAGGGGAUGGCAAGCCUGCUGUGGAAUGAUGACUUCUCUGCAGAUGUUGGUGGCAUGGCAAGACAAUAA